AUGUUUACUAUAAGACAUGGUAUGCUAGAAGACUGUCCCGCUGUACAGCAAUUGAUUCAUGAGUUAACUGUAUAUCAGGACAUGGAUGUGGAUCGGGUGCCCAGAGUAAGCCAACUACAAGAAGACGGGUUUAGCGAUCAGCUACACAAACGCUUGUUUCGUUUAAUUGUGGCACAAGUAGCUGAUAAUAAACUAAUUGGUUUUGUGCUAUACUAUCCUAAGUAUGCCACGUGCUCGGGUAGGACAGUCUGGAUGGAUGCACUUUAUGUUCAGCCCGACUACAGAAGCGCUGGCGUCGGACGUGCAUUAAUGGCUGCAAUGGCCAGAGAUGCCAUCCAAUUGUCGUGUAUACGCAUGGAAUGGGACUGUUUGAUGGCCAACAAGAGUGCCAUAGACUACUAUAAACGUAUGGGUGCUACUGAUGCUACCAGUAGUGACCAAUUUGUUAUAAUGAGACUUAAUUGUCAACUAAUGAAACAGUUAGCAACAAAAGAGUCCGGUUCUCAAUAG